CCCAGAAGCCCGCGCGCCGCACGCCACGUGACCGCCAGCGGGCGCGCGCUGGGCCGUUCGGCCCCCAGCAGCGUUCCCCGCUUGCUUCUCUCUUCAGUCCCCGCCUCCGGGCCUCCGCCUUGACGCUGCCCGGGCCGGAGCCGAGGCGAGGAGCCGAGCCGAGGAGCCGGAGCCGGAGCCGUGGAGACGUGGGAAACAUGGAGGCUUGAGGCGGCGUGCGCCACCCCGGCUGCGGCGGUGACCGAGGCUCGUCGUGUCCCCGCUGUUACCCAACCGUCUGUCCGUGCGCUGAAAGCGGAUCUCCCCGCCGGCUGAGGCAGAUUGGAGGCUUUACUCUCACAAGUCGAAUCAUUUUUGGUGGCCCAUUCUUAAGGUCAAGACUCCCAGUGUUGAUUGGAAGCUCUGUGUGUGAGCGGAUUGUGGUUGUUUUGUGGAAAUGAAGGUUUGAGAACAAGUUAUCUACCAGAUUAAAAGAUGGGAUCAAACAGUAGCAGAAUUGGUGAUCUUCCUAAAAAUGAGUACUUGAAAAAGUUAUCAGGCACAGAAUCUGUCUCUGAGAAUGAUCCGUUCUGGAAUCAGCUUCUAUCAUUUUCUUUCCCUGCACCAACAAGCAGUACUGAGUUGAAGCUCCUAGAGGAGGCAACCCUUUCAGUCUGCAGAUCUUUAGUUGAAAAUAAUCCUCGAACAGGAAACCUUGGUGCACUAAUUAAGGUCUUCCUUUCUAGAACCAAAGAACUAAAACUUUCAGCAGAAUGUCAGAACCACAUCUUCAUCUGGCAGACACACAAUGCUUUGUUUAUUAUUUGCUGUUUGCUGAAAGUGUUCAUUUGUGAGAUGUCAGAGGAAGAGUUACAACUUCAUUUUACUUAUGAAGAAAAAUCUCCUGGCAGUUACAGUUCUGACUCAGAAGAUCUUUUGGAAGAAUUGCUCUGCUGUUUGAUGCAGUUAAUCACUGAUAUUCCACUCUUAGAUAUUACAUAUGAAAUAUCAGUAGAAGCUGUGUCAACAAUGGUGGUUUUCCUUUCUUGCCAACUCUUCCACAAGGAAGUUUUGCGACAGAGCAUCAGUCACAAGUAUUUGAUGCGAGGUCGAUGUCUUCCAUACACCAGCAAACUUGUGAAAACCUUACUGUAUAACUUCAUCAGACAGGAAAAGCCGCCUCCUCCAGGAACGCAUGUGUUGCCUCAGCAGUCGGAUGGGGGAGGACUGCUCUAUGGACUGGCAUCAGGAGUAGCAACUGGCCUCUGGACUGUCUUCACACUGGGCGGCGUGGGCAGCAAAGUGGCCGCUGCCUCAGAACUUUCUUCCCCUCUGGCCAACCAGAGUCUUCUGCUCCUGCUGGUGCUGGCCAACCUGACAGAUGCUGCGGAUGCGCCAAACCCCUACAGGCAGGCCAUCAUGUCUUUUAAGAACACACAAGAUAGCAGUCCUUUCCCCUCGUCAAUUCCACAUACUUUCCAGAUUAACUUCAACAGUUUGUACAUGGCCCUGUGUGAACAGCAGACAUCCGACCAAGCUACUCUUCUUUUGUAUACAUUGCUCCAUCAGAACAGCAAUAUUAGAACAUACAUGUUGGCUCGCACAGAUAUGGAAAAUCUUGUUUUACCAAUUCUCGAGAUUCUGUAUCAUGUGGAAGAAAGAAAUUCACACCAUGUGUAUAUGGCCCUUAUAAUAUUGUUGAUCCUUACAGAAGAUGAUGGCUUCAAUAGAUCCAUUCAUGAAGUGAUGUUAAAAAAUAUUACUUGGUAUUCAGAGCGGGUUUUAACUGAAAUUUCACUGGGAAGUCUCCUGAUACUGGUUGUAAUAAGAACCAUUCAGUACAACAUGACAAGGACAAGAGACAAGUACCUUCACACAAACUGUCUGGCGGCUCUAGCGAAUAUGUCUGCACAGUUUCGUUCCCUCCAUCAGUAUGCUGCCCAGAGGAUCGUCAGCUUGUUUUCCUUGCUGUCGAAAAAACACAACAAAGUUCUGGAACAAGCCACACAGUCCUUGAGAGGUUCGCUGAGUUCCAAUGAUGUUCCUCUACCAGAUUAUGCACAAGACCUAAAUGUCAUUGAAGAAGUGAUUCGAAUGAUGUUAGAGAUCAUCAACUCCUGCCUGACAAAUUCUCUUCAUCACAAUCCAAACUUGGUAUAUGCACUUCUUUACAAACGAGAUCUCUUUGAACAAUUUCGAACUCAUCCUUCAUUUCAGGAUAUCAUGCAAAAUAUUGAUCUGGUGAUCACCUUCUUUAGCUCAAGGUUGCUUCAAGCUGGAGCUGAGCUGUCAGUGGAACGAGUCCUGGAAAUCAUCAAGCAAGGGGUUGUCGCGCUGCCCAAGGACAGGCUGAAGGUUGCCCUGUGUCCAGUGGCACACACUCCAUGGAAGCAGCCACGCCUGGGACCUCAGCCCGCUUAGCCACGAGCUCUCAGACCUCAGCAGGCCAACCACAGCCUCAUGUGUGUCUUGAUUGUUAAGCAUUUGAGGAGUCUUAGCCUUUAAAACCCAACUGUUGUCAGCCCCCAGGACAGCUCAGGAACCUUCAGAUAUUGACCCUCUCCGCUGAGACUGCCCCCAGGUGAUGCCUGCCUGAGUGGCAGCCUGCAAGUGCUUGACUUGAGGGCUGUCCCUCAACCCAACUCAUCCAGCCCUUUUCUCCAGGUGGACCCAGCAGAGCCUGGGGGGCAUGCAGAGAAUCCCAAAGUGGAGCCCUUACUGGGGUCAUCUCAUAAAGUCACACCCAGGAGACUCAGAAGAAGCCCAGGGCCCUUCAUUUUCUACAAGGCGAGAGAACCGAGUCCUGCAGAAACGCUGUGACUUGCCCCAUGCGGCUCAGCCUGCCAGUGGCCGAGCAGGAGAGAGCCGACGCCUCCUGACCCCCAGCCCCGGGCCACCUGGGCUCCAGAGCUGGAGAGCAGUCCCAUCCGCUCCCGUGAGGACGCUCAAGCACAGAGGGCUAGUGACUUAGCGGCUGGGAACGCAGAAGAAAUGCUUGAGGUUCUUUAUCAUUACUAGAGAGACGUGAAAACCUCCCGUCCUUGUGGGAUGUAGACAUUUUAAACAAACGCACAGCUGGGUCCCUAUCCACUCUGAGGGGCACGCAGGGGAGAGGUGUAGUUUUGUUUGGCCUCCAGCUCCUCCGCUUCCUAGCUCUGUCCUCUGGCGUCUUAUUUGUCCUUUUGAGCCCUGGUUUUCUUAUCCAUUCGACAUAGUUAAUAAACGUAUGUCACAGGGUUA